CCCGCAUGCGCUGUAGAAGUUCCCUGUCAGUCACGUGGUGGAGUGACUGCCGCUGCUGAUUGGUGGAGAUGUCUGCUUCCGGGAACUAGAGGAACAAGCGUACAAUGGCGAGUGGCGGGGGAGAGGUACAAGACAUGGAAGUUGACAAGCGGGCAGAGUCUGAGGAGUCUGCUGAUGAUGACAUUAAGAAGAAGCGGGAGGUUCCAGAUGGCGACGUGCAGAAUGGUGAACAACCUACAGAUGACUCCGAGACACCAGUGAACCUGGAGACGAUCAUCCUGGAUCCUGAGGCCGAGGAGGUAGAUCUAAACCACAUGCGAAUAGGAGCCAUUCAGGGAUUUGAGGUGCUCAGGAAAGUUCAGACCCUGUGCCUGCGUCAAAACCUCAUAAAGGUGAUUGAGAACUUGGAGCAGUUGGUGACAUUGAAUGAGUUGGACCUGUAUGACAAUCAGAUUCGUAUAAUCCAGAACCUGGAGAACCUGAGUCAACUCCAAAUUCUGGAUCUUUCAUUCAACCUUUUGAAGCGAAUUGAGGGUUUGGACUCCUUGACUCAGCUUAAGCGCCUUUACCUGGUGAACAACAAGAUUAGCCGCGUGGAAAACAUCAACAAUCUAACGCAGCUCCGCUUGUUGGAAUUAGGCUCAAAUCGUAUUCGGGAGAUGGAGAAUCUAGAUACAUUACGGGAUCUGGACAGUUUGUUCCUAGGGAAGAACAAGAUCACAAAGUUGCAGAACAUGGAUACACUGACAAACCUGACAGUCUUGAGUGUGCAGAGUAAUCGCCUUUUGAAGAUUGAAGGUCUCCAAAGUCUUGUGAACCUGCGUGAGUUGUACCUGAGUGACAAUGGCAUCCAAGUCCUGGAAGGUCUGGAGAACAAUACUAAACUCACAACAUUGGAUGUUGCUUCUAACAGAAUAAAGAGAAUUCAAAAUAUCAGGCAUCUGACAGAACUCCAGGAAUUCUGGAUGAAUGACAAUUUAGUGGAGAACUGGGCCGACUUGGAAGAGCUGAGUGGUGCCAGUGAUUUGCAGACAGUGUAUCUGGAAAGGAACCCUCUACAGAAAGAUAACCAAUACAGGCGCAAAAUCAUGCUGGCUUUGCCUUCUGUCCGCCAGAUUGAUGCAACGUUUGUCAGAUUCUGAGUUGAUCGAUGGUAUUAUGCCUCUUUCCUUCCUACUGUAGCAGCACAGUACAACUCCAACCUCUUACAUAAGAUAGAAAUCUCCUUUCGCAUCAUCCGACCGCUGCAUUACUUUAUGUUCCCUGCACUGCAUGAUUUUCUCAUAUCAACCUGAAUGUUAAUAGCUCAUUACAUAGACUCCACUGCUUGUCAUCCUGAGAUGCACCUUUGAUUGAAUUGAAAUUACCCCAUACAGUGGCGCCACAAUACAGUAUUUAUUUCUGGACAGUAGUCCUUUCGUUAAUUUUAACCUCAGCAUAUCGGCAUUACAUGAAACUUUCCAUUUCUGGCCCAUUUGUAGUCAUUCCAUCACUUUACAUGUCACUGCACUAAUAGAUCCUGUAAUAUUCCUCAUGGCUGCAUCAUAUUGGAAUGUUUGUUACAUUUUUUUUUUUUGCAAAAGUUGGUUUUAUAUAUGCAGCAUGGACACUUUUUUUUUUUUUUUUCUUUUCUUCCAA